GAUGCUACUUUCAUACUCCAAAACAUUUUGGACCAAACCGGGCUGGCGUACAUAUGCCAGACGUAUGAACGCUUCUCUGGCAAUGAUUCUUGUAAAUAUUAUUCGUUUUUCUAUGAUACCAUGUCUUUGAAGUGACCGUAUGUGUCAUCCCAAACUUGUUGUUUCUUCUAUUUGUCUCCAGGGGAAAUGGUGCUGCAGCUCUCGAAGGAACCCUCUACACGUCUGCUGAAACAAGUUGUACGCUGCUACCUUCGCCUCUCUGAUAAUCCAAGGUAAAUAAAGAGGGGUAACAACACUAUAAUUAACGCCAGCGGGUAUAGGCUUAUGCAUUAUGAUGCCGUUAAAAUGCACUGUAAGACUUGCCAUAAGCACGUAUAACACCCUUAUAAUGUCUUAGUAUCUUCUCACAAUGAUCUUGCCUAAAAAACAACUAUUUUCGGUCUGUUGAAAAUGUGCAGAAUGUAAAUCAAUAUAUGAGAUAUUAGAAAGUGGCAGUUUCCCUUGUUCUCUUGUCUCUUUAUGUCCACUGAGGGGAGCUAUGCUAUGAAUGUUGUUUAAGCCAAGAGGUCACAGUGUCAGAGACAAACAUGCUAGGACUGGAAAAAAAGUUAAACCAAUGUGACGGAAACUAUACAGCUCUACAGUAUCAUUUACACCUACCCGUCUCAGAUCCACAAAGAGGAGUGAACAAGAGCAGGAGGGAUGGAAUAAAAUGCUCUGCAGCCCUGGGACACAUUCAGUAGCCUAAUGUUUUCAAACGUUGCAGACAGAAAUGCCAUGAAGAUAGCCAACAUGAUUCCUUCUUCAGAGAGGCGUGUUUGUUCUACAUAGCAUAUAUCUAAAAGUUGGCCAACGUUGUGUCCUGCUGAACACGUCGCUGGUAUGUUUGGUGUUCUGUUAACUCAUUUUAUCUGACCUCUAGAACGUGAGAGGCACUGCGCCAGUGCUUGCCCGACCAGUUGAGGGAUGCCACAUUCGCCCAGGUGCUAAAGGACGACACCCCCACCAAGCGCUGGCCGGCCCAUCUGGUCAAGAACCUGCAGGAGGGCCCGGCGACCGAUGGCCGAGGCAUCCCCCUGACUGCACAGUGA